AUGGCGACUCGCCGAGCGGCUCUCAUCGGCGACGCGUUCGUCGACGUUCAGGUGGGCGGCGUAGGCGCGCUGCCCUGCUGGGGGACGGACGUCGCCUGCUCCUCUGUGCGGCUACUGCCAGGAGGCGCCUGCGGCAACACCGCUCGGCAGCUCGGAGCGCUCGGCGGCUGCGAGCUCGAGGCCUUCUUCUACUCGUGCGUCGGCGACGACGAGCCUGGGCGGCACUACCUCCGCACGCUCGAGGCCGAGGACAGCCUGACGUCGCCGUCGCGCACGCUCCGCCUGCUGCCGGGCGUGCCGCAGUCGUGCUGCGUCAUCCUGUCCGGCAGCGAAGACCGCGCGAUGUGCUCCUGCUACGAGACCGUGCACCGCGUCACGACAGGACUCUUCUCGGCGGAGCUGCUCGCAGAGUCGUGGGCGCUGGUGCACCUCGGAGGCUACUUCAACUGCGUCGGCUUGCACGACGACGCGCUGCUCGACCUGCUCCGCGCACUCAAGGCACGCUGGAGUGAGCAUGGCAUGGCCGCUCCACACCCCCACGACUGCUCCGGCAAGUGGAGCGGCGAGGGCGGCCACCUGCGCCGGCUUCCGCCGCUAGAUGGGGGGAUGGGAAACAAGAAUGUCACAUCGCAGACAGUGAGGGCGGGAGAGGCGGAAAGGGAGGUGCUUCACAGCGGUCUUCUGCCGCUGCUCGACGUCUUUCUGCCAAACGAGGCAGAGGCGUGCGGCAUCGCCUCUGUCGGCGAGCCCACCGCCGUCGCCACCGCCGAGGAGGCGAUCGACCAGCUGACGGCGCGGCACCCCUCCACCUUGGUGGUGGUCAAGGCCGGCGGGCGCGGUAUUCUCGCUGGGCGAGGCGGCGAGCGGUGGGAGGUGCCGGCGGCGCCGGUGGAGGCGUUUGUCGACGCGACGGGCGCGGGCGACGUUUGCGAGGCGGGCCGCGGCGCGGGCGACGCCUGCUCCGCCGGCUUCCUCGCGCAGUAUCUGCGCGACCCGGCGGACGUGCCCACCGCGUUGCGGUGGGGCGCGGCAGUGGGUGCGCUCUGCGUGAGCCGCGCGGGCGCAUGCGAGACGCCGCUGGCGGCGGAGGAGGUGCGGGCCGUGCUCGAGUGCGGCGCCGUCAGGAGAAGCGCCGAUGUCAUGCGGAAACGGGCUGGAAACGGGGCUCCGGCGCUCAGAGUCGCUCAGAGCACCAACUUCCCGAUUAAGUACGGUUAA